GGUGAAUGACACUAGGGGACUUCAGAAGAGGGCAGUACAGUACUUACGCAGAAGGGAAACCCCAUUUCCUUUUAGGCUAAAUACAAUUCAACCUGUUUCAAAUGCGUCAGUCCUUCUUACUCUGUUCCAGCUGCCCUGUGAGAACAGCUUGUCUCAGAGCUGUGAAAUCGGCUCCGCUGCCUGACCGGGCGGAACCGGAAGUAUAAUCUGGAAUCUUCUGACUGUAGAAAGGGGACUUUCCGCCUUCAUCCUGACAUUACGCUACGGCAAAAGAGAGCUCCCCACAUCUUCACUAUAACCAUCAAAGGACCUAACUAUUUUCAUUUUGGUGUUUCUCUAUUUCAUUAUGGCGGCUUAGACACCUUCAAAAGGGAUGUCCUGUUGGGGGGAGGGGUUUGAGAGCACAUAUCCAUUUGGUUUGUGUGUGUUGUGAAGUCUCUGAGUUUUAUUAAGUUACAGUAUGUUUUGUUUUACUGCAUAUAUGUUUGAGUUUGAAUGCUUUGGUAAUAUGUUUCCCUUAAGUUUUAAUGCCAUGUUUAUGGAUCCAGGCUGAAGUGAUUGAGAUACAGGGCAGUUUUAAACUACAGUAAAAGAACAUAUUUCUGUUUGGUGAUGAUGUAUAUGAAGGUGGUACAGAGACCUUUAGGCUACUGGAUUUAGAUGUUGAAUAAGUAGACUUUUUUGUAAGGGCUUAAGUAUGUCUUUUAUUCAGCCAGUUCUCAUCAGUUAUGUUUAUCAACAGUUUUGUGUGUGAGUGAAUGAGGUCUGAUAUUCUCAAACCUUUCUCCCUUCUUAUGGACAUCCCUUUUGCCCAGUAUUAAACCAGUCUUAAAUGGACACACUUCUUCAACUCAAAAACAACCAAUUUUUGAUGAGCCUGUGUCGAAAUGGACCACCACCUGAAUUACAAUAUGACAACUCCUCAGAGCUCUUCCGCAUUUCCAGUUUUGCCCGGUUCCCAUCCUCAGGGGUGACUGAGCGGAGUUUGGCACGAGCAGGCUGGUUUUACACUGGAGUGGGGGACCGUGUGCAGUGCUUUAGAUGCAGUGUGACCGCUGAAGGUUGGCAGCCGGGGGACUGCCCCACGGAGAAACACAAACAGCUGUCUCCGUCCUGCUCCUUCAUCCAGAGCCUCCCUCCAACCGCCAAUCUGCUGUCAUCCUCUCACUCAGCCUUCUCUCCUCUCCGCAUCCCGCCAACCCUUCCUCUCCCUGGCCCAGGCCCAGCCGCUCCAAAUGCAUCUGGCAGCCAAGGCGAAGAGGCAGUAGGCUAUUUAAACAUGGGCUUUUCUGCGCUGCCUCCCUCUAGUCCUCUCAGCUCCCGUGGUGUUGAAGACAUGUCCCAUCAAAGGCCCACGUGUCACAACCCCAGCAUGCGCCGGGAGCAGGACCGCCUGGACUCCUUCCAUACUUGGACUGUCAAAGUCAUCACUCCGGCUGAGCUUGCCAAAGCAGGCUUCUACUACCUGGGUCAGGGUGACCGAGUGGCCUGCUUCAGCUGUGGAGGACAGUUGAGCAACUGGGAACCAGGCGACCGAGCUGUGUCUGAACACCAAAGGCAUUACCCAAAUUGCCGAUAUGUCAGAGGCGACAGAGCAGACAAUGUGUCUUUGGCCUCUGCCGCUGCUUUAGGAGCAGUCACACAGCAGCUUUCAGCAGGAGCAUCAGCCCUCAGCAAUGUUUCGAAUCCUGCCAUGGCCCAAAGUGAGGAGAGACUGCUUACCUUUGUCAACUGGCCCUCACGUAUCCCUGUCCGGCCUGACCAGCUGGCUAAUGCUGGUUUCUACUAUGUAGGGCGCAAUGAUGAUGUGAAGUGUUUCUGCUGCGAUGGCGGUCUGCGCUGUUGGGAAUCAGGAGAUGAUCCUUGGGUUGAACAUGCCAAGUGGUUUCCUCGAUGUGAAUACUUGCUACAGGAAAAGGGUCAGGAUUUUGUUCACCAAAUUCAGGCUCGAUUUCCUCGGCUGUUUGAACAGUUGUUGACUAAUGGAGAUGGCUCCAGAGAGUUUGUGGACCCUCCUGUGGUUCACUUGGCUCCUGGAGAGGAGCGCUCUGAAGACGCAGUUAUGAUGAACACUCCCGUCAUUAAAUCAGCUCUAGAGAUGGGCUUUGAGCGCAGCCUUGUCAAACAAACCGUACAAAGCAAAAUAUUGACCAGUGGAGAAAACUACCGAACUGUACAGGAGCUGGUGUCUGACCUGCUGAGUGCUGAGGACCAGAAAAGAGAAGAGGAACGAGAGAUGUUAGCAGAGGCCAUGGCAUCAGAUGGAUUCACGUUUGUGAAGAGGCACCAAGCUUCACUGGUCCAGCGGCUGAAGACUGUGGAGCCAGUUCUCGAACAUUUAAGAGACCAGAAUGUUCUCACUGCUGAGGAAUACAGUGGUCUCCAGGCCCAGACAUCAGCACAACAACAAACCGCCAGGCUGAUAGAGCUGGUUCUCACUAAAGGCAAUGCAGCAGCGGAGGUUUUCAGAAACUGGAUCCAAAAAAAUGAUGUUCAUCUACUCAGAGAUUUGAUGGCCCAAUCUAAUGAAGCAGUAUCACCAAGUCAAGACCUGUCAGACCUUCCUAUGGAGGAACAGCUGCGUCGUUUGCAAGAGGAGCGCACCUGUAAAGUAUGCAUGGAUAAAGAGGUCAACAUUGUCUUUAUUCCAUGUGGACACCUGGUGGUGUGCAAAGAGUGUGCCCCAUCAUUGCGCAAGUGCCCAAUCUGCAGAGGCCUGGUUAAAGGCACUGUCCGAACCUUCCUCUCAUAAAGAUUUGCUCUUUAUAGUUGAAUGUUAAAGCAAUGUCUUAAACCAGCUAGUUAUGGUGAAUGCUUGUGACUUGAGGCCUUAGUGCAUUUUCGUGAAUAAAGCACUUAAACUGCC